CAGCUCACUCGAAAAGGCAUAUCUUCUGCCUUCUGUCAGUAUACGUGUCACGGGAACAUGUGACAACCUCAAAAAGAUCGAUGCCGCCUCAACCCCAUUCAAUCCUGGCUUAUUGAGGCAUCACUUGAAUCACCCCAGUAGGGUUUGCGCCCCGCUCGUGUCAAAGGAAACAACAGGAAACUCAAGAACCUGCUCACACACAGGAUGUGGGUUGUAGAGGUUGCGAGUGCUAAGAGGAAGAGAGCAGGGGGAGGGAGGGAGAGCUCGCUCUAGCUCUCAGCCGUCUGACCCUUUUUUAUGAGGUGCGACAGGUGGUUUUAGUUUAGUUUUAGUCAGGAUUUUUUUUCUCGUUGUCUUUUUUAUUCGUAGACAUGGCUCUUUAAAUGUUUUUGUUCGGGAUGUCGUAAAUUGUAUCAUGGAGUCGGAGAGGCCUUGAGAGAGAAGUGAAUAAUGGAUAUUGAAGAAGAGAAGAUGGAGCCUGAAGACUCUGAGACGGAUGAAGCACCUUCCUGGUCACCUCACCCAAGGGACCGGCUAUCAGCUUGGGCCAGCUCUUCAGACUAUGCAGGAAAAAAAAGGAAACAGGACCCACACAGUGAUGCAGGGAGUUUAGCAAGAGCUGCAGAGUACAAUGAUGAAGAGGACGCUGAUAUCAGUACAGACUCACUGCACGAUUAUGAGGAACCCUGUAACAAAAAAGUCAAACCAAUUGGAAAGGGCGCUGGACACACAGGCAUCAUACCACAAGUGAAAACUCCAGCACUGAAACGCCUGGGACAGUCUAUACAGAGGUCAAUCAGUUUCCGGACAGAGGCACGGCCGCUGCCACCCGCCAUCCGGACGCGCCAGAAGGCGUCUUCGUUUCCACGGCGUCGGAGCAGCCAGCUGUGGAGUGACACUGUGGACUGCAUGACUGGGGGCCUGAGUGACAGAGAGAUCAAGAGACAGGAGAUCAUCCAUGAACUCACACAGGGGGAGAAACAGCUCAUAGAGGACCUGAAGUUGGUCAAAAAGGUUUAUUACGAGCCCAUGCUGAAGCUGGACAUCCUGACAGAGAGCGAGUUGGGCCAGAUAUUUGGGACGCUUGACUCCCUCAUACCUCUUCAUGAAGAUUGCCUGAGUCGCCUGGAGCGGCUGAGAGGAGCGGAGAAGACGGUGGAGGCGGUGGGGCCCACCUUGCUGCAGUGGUUCCCUUGCCUGGAGGCCUACAUCACCUACUGCUGCAACCAGGUGGCGGCAAAGUCGCUGCUGGACCAGAAGAAGCAGGACCGGCGUGUGGACCAGUUUCUGCAGCUGUGCCAGGCGUCCACCUUCAGCAGGAAGCUGGACCUGUGGAACUUCCUGGACCUGCCACGCAGUCGCCUGGUCAAGUACCCGCUGCUCCUCAAGGAGAUCAAGAAAUGCACGCCCAAAGACCACCCCGACGAGGACGCCCUACCAGACGCUAUUGACUUGAUUCAGACCAUUUUGUCCCAAGUGGACCGAAAGACGGGCGAGGCCGAGUGCCAGUUCUACAGGAUGAGCCUGAAUUACCCGGAGGACAACCAGAGAGUGCCGGAGAUCCUGCGCUCCAAUUUCAUCUACUGCCACGGCGAGCUCAAGAGCACGAAAGGACAGAAGCUGUAUGUUUUCCUGUUUGAGCUGGUGCUGGUGCUGACCAGACCUGUGGUGUCAGACAGAGAGGGCAUGGCCCAGUUUCAGGUCUACCGCCAACCCCUCCCCGCAGCGCAUCUCCUGCUUGAAGACAUCCCGGACGGAGAUGCUGGGAGCUCCGGAUCAUUCCGUGGGGCCUUCACUGGGAAUGACAAAGUGAAGAACUGUUUCAGAGUGAGCAGCAGAGGGCGCUCUAAGGCACAGUCCCACAGCCUCCAGGCCAACGACUCUUUCAACAAGCAGCAGUGGAUCUCCUGUCUCCGCCAGGCAAUGGUCCAAACACGGGACAGCGUGGCUCUCACCAGCCAAUCGCCUCGCUUCUCCCCGAACCCUGACCUGUGUCACAUAGCUGAACUGAACCUGAACUCAGACGUGGAAAUGAUUGGUCAAUAGAUCUCUAUAGGCAAGCUUGUCACUGAACAUGAAGUGAUUCACAUGGAACAUUUUCUUGUACAUGCAGUGAUCAUUUUACCCACCCCCAGAAACCUGGGCCACUUUUCAAAAACUGUAUGAACUUUCCCCGGAUGUCCCUCAGCAGGAGAAUGAAUCAUGCUGGAUGUAGCGUACUGGAGGAGAUAAGAGGUCGUUUUCAGAAGCCUAUGAUACAUUAGAUGACGAAUGUAAUUGUAUGUGAUUGAUUGUGUGAUAUUUUACCCACCGGAGCAUUGUAUUAUUUGAAAAUCUAUCUAUCUAUCUAAAUUGCUUACACAUGCAUACAAUCGAAAUACUCUUUAUAACAUUUUAUAAAAUAAAUAAACUGACAUAAUUGCUGUCUUCAGUUCCA